AUGGAUUUAGAAAAGAGUGGUUAUACAAAGGAUGAAUUACAACUGUUACAAGUUGAUCAAUUAAAAGGAUGGUUGGACUCUCGAAAGAUAUUCUAUUUAAAGUCUAUUAAAAAGGAUGAUAUGAUAGAUAUCAUAUUAAAGAGACAAUAUCAAAAGGAGAUAUGUGAUGAUAUGUCAAAAGUAACAAGAGAGUAUCAUGUUGGGACGGUCAACUAUGCUCUGCCGGUCUAUCUAAUCAUCAAGAUAUUCCGAUUGGUUUGGGACGAGUUAUUAGACAAGAGUCUGUCUGUAGACACGUCACUUGAACCUAUUUACAAGAUAGAUACAAGGUAUAGGAUGGCAUUGUACUUGGCAUCGGUCAACAAACAACUAUUCAAUGUAGUGUCACAGUUUCCGAGUGUUUGCAUGUCAUUGACAUCGGUUCAAUUUACACAUAUGGCAACUGAACCGUGGUGUGUUGUGAAACGACCCGACAGGCUGGAGAUGGGACAUCACGCAAUCGACAAUCUGUUUCAUACAGAACCUGCUCUCCACCACUUGCUCAUAGAGUCUGUUUCCAAAGUAACCAAACUCAAAAUCUCUUACAGUCACGAUAAACCAACCAUUCGUCAAAGAUCACUCGAACAAAUGUGUACUGCAAUGUGUAAUAUUGUUUCUCUUGUAAUCGGUGGUGGUAUCGGUGGUGCUAUUCAAUUAGAUGUAAUACAUUUUGAAGUAUUGGCUAAAAGUUUACCUACAUUGGUUAAAUGUGAUUUCGAGAAACUAAAUAUGAAUACAGAAUCACAAAAAGGUAUACAAACAUUCUUUAAUAAUGUUAAACAGACGAUGGUCAAGAUUAAACUACCACCCAAGUUUAACAUUGAUAAUGAAAAGGUUAGAGAUUCAUUGUCUACACUUGGUGUGGAUUUAAUCCGACAGCCAUACACCAACCUUACCAAAUUCAUUUGCUAUGACUUUGAAUUCCCAACACACGCAACUAUAUUCAAUCAAAAGAAUAGACUUCAACGCGUUUCCUUUUAUCAAGGAAUUACCUAUUUACAAGUAUCAGUCAAUCAACUAAACAUGCGUCUCGGAUGGACAACUGUUAUCAACGACCUGUUCCCCAACCUUACAACUUUAUAUAAUGACUAUCGACACAGCCAACUAAAUUUAGAUCUUGCAAACAUGAUCACCAAUCCAAAGUUUUCAUGUUAUAUUACUUGUCUUUUCAUUCAAGUCAAAACCAAUCAUCAACAAGUAGUACCAACUACUAUAGUAGAAUUACCAACCAAUCCUCCUCUUCCUCUUCCUCCCCUUCCAACUGCUUCAAAAUUUAAAUAUCUAAAAGAGAAAUGGAAUUGUUUGGUAUAUUAA